AUGGCUACCUCUGCCCCCCAGACCCUGAUUUGCCGCUGCUCAACUGACCUUACAAGCCCCCUGAGCCCCCCCAGCCUGACACCAACCAUCAUCAAUGCAAAGUCAAAGAGGAGAUACUACCACAAUCAGCAAUGGGAGCAGGAGUGUGUGCUGCAGGCCAGCCUGAUAACAGCUCUGCCUCAGUACCCUGCUCCCUUGGACAGCAUGGAUGAGCUUGUGAUCGCAAAGCCCGCAGCAGACACCAACAACUCCCACAACAACAACAACAACUCCCACAACAACAACAAUAACAACAACAACACCAACACCAACAGCAACAACAGCCAGGACGCGGACAGCAACGCGGACAGCGACCACAACAGCAACAGUGACCAGAAUCAGCAGAAGCCUAUUAUUGAGACUACUGAUGAUCACAGUGUAGAUGACCAGCACAUCGACACCGUCAGUGACAGCGAUGAACCCAGCUCCCCAAUCAUGGGCAUUGGCCUCCGCCCCAUCAGCAAGCCUGUGUCUGUUGUUGUCGACAACACUCGAAGAAAGCGUCGCGCCCGAUCCCUCGUCGCAAGCGAGGACGACGAUGUCGCAGCCCCGUCGACACGCCAGAAACGCGCCCGCGCGAACAAAUACCUGACAAGGAAGACCCAGAAGGCUAUCCAGGCUGCAGCCCGAGUCCGAGACCCCGAGUCCAAGACCCUGACCCCGUCGUCGCCGAUCGCCCCUGCGUCCGCUGUGCGAAAAACCUCUUCGUCCUUGACACAGCCACUGGCAAGGUGCCUGGUCCGACGGGCUUUGUCCCUGGCGCGGAUGCCCCGGACGAAGGAGGCCGCCCAUCAAACCCUCAAGUUCCGUUUCGACAUCGAUGCCGAGCUGCAGAAGGCCAACAAACAGAAGUUCUGGCGCCAGGUACAGCUGUCAGUGCUGUACCACACCUUUCAGCUGCGGAAUGAGAUCCGCUCGCUCAAGAACUUCGCUCCAGUCCCAGCAUCUGAGAUGCUGGUGGGCCUGGACGAGUUCGACAACGCCCUGGCUGCCGGUGCUGACAAUGAUCUUGACUUCCUGGAGGAGGACGACGAUGACAACCACAAUGUGGAGGAGGAUGACGACGAUGAUAAUAACAAUAACAACGACAGAGACAGCAAUGAUGAUGAUGAGUGA